ACAACCGGGCGAUGGUGGGCGAGUUGCGCGCAAACACCCUCCCGAAGCCGCACUCGGGUGCCUUCGGCCGUUUGGGCCAUCCCCACCACCACCCGGCCGGAAGUGCGCGGUCGACCGACUCCGCACGUGUUUGGGGGGCGCAAUCUCCUAAUCAUGCUGGCUGAGGUGCGCCACUGGCCCCCUUCCCCGGCAGCUGUUGACUCGGCCGCGGAAUUUGCAUGUAUGCGGGCACCGUGAGAACCGGCCAGUGGCGCACCGCGCAUUCUUCCGCUCGAAACCCGUCCACAGCGACACCCAUUGGAGGGGGCGCCGCCGCUGGCCGCUGCUUCCAUUCCUCUAACGGACGGCCUUGCGGAACCCGUUCCAAUGACCUUUGGAGGCUCCGCACCGGCCAGCUGCGCGCUAAUUGAUUAACGGCUUUAGCCCGCCUAUGAAAUGAGCAUCCGGGACCCGUCAAUCACUGUCAACGCCACUGUCACCAGGUCGCUGACCGAGUGACAGUUGUGUCACUGAGUGGCAGCUGUGUCAAUGUCAAAACCGGGACAAAGGAAGAGGCCAAUCGAGCAGCUGAUGCGAAGAAAAGGAGGCCGGGUGUGCGUCGACGUGUCGGAACCUGCAGCAACCCGUUGGUUCAUGCGGCGAACAGCUGGCGAUCAAUGGGUACCACCUGGGCGCGGGACGAGAGGCGGCAGGGGCGCGGGGCCGCGAAAGGCCACCCGAAAGGCCGUUCGGGUGCCGAGCGUCGUCAGUACGGUUGCGAACGGCGCAACGGGCGGAAGUGCGCAUAGUGAGCGGGCGACAGUGGCGUGCUGACAGUUUUCCAUUGGUUCAUUCGGGCCGACAAUGGUGCGCAGUUUGGCGCAGUGGACGAAAACGCUCAGUUUCCCGGCCCGCAUUUCGCCCCACAAAUCGAAGGAGGCUGCGGCUGUCAGCCCCCUGAUCACGCCCAAGCCCAGCAAUCAGUCGCUCAGCGUCCAGUCGAGCGACACGAUGAUGAACAGCAAUUGCGCAUCGCUGACCGAAGUCAGUCACAUCUACGCGUCGGAGGACCCCGAUUCGGAGAAGGCGAUCAUGAGCUCAGUGGUGUACUGCAUCCAUCACAAGGACGGCUGCAAGUGGUCGGACGAGUUGCGCAAGCUCAAGGGCCACCUGAACACGUGCAAGCACGACGCGCUGCCGUGCACCAGCAAGUGCGGCGCGCAGAUCCCGCGCGUCCUCAUGGAGGACCACCUGAAGUACACGUGCCCGCAGCGGCGCACGCGCUGCGAGUUCUGCGCCAAGGAGUUCAGCGGCCACGGCCUGGAGAGUCACGCAGGCCAUUGCGGCGCCGAGCCGCUGUACUGCGAAAACAAGUGCGGCGUCAAAAUGCCGCGCCGCCUACUCAGCCAGCACAAGGCCGGCGACUGCGCCAAGCGGCUGCUGCCGUGCCGCUGCUGCGGCAAGGAGUUCGUGGCCGACACGUUGGCCGCGCACCACGUCAAGUGCGGCCGCAUGCCAGUGCCGUGCCCCAACCGAUGCGACGCCACUGCGCUGGCGCGCGAGGAGCUGGACGCGCAUCUGAAGGACGCGUGCGCUGUCUCCGUGCACGGCUGCUCCUUCAAGGACGCGGGUUGCCGCUUCAAAGGGGCGCGCCCCGCCAUGGAGCGCCAUCUAGCCGACGCCGGCCAACAACACCUGCAGAUGAUGUGCGGCCUGGUUGCCAAGCAGCAGCAACAGAUCGCGUCGCUCAAGGGGGCGCUGGCGCGCCUCUCGCUCAACUGUUCCGGCACGCUCAUCUGGAAAGUGAGCGAUUUCGGGGCGAAAAUCGCCGAGGCGAAGGGCAAGGAGGGCAUGGAACUGGUCUCGCCCCCCUUCUACACCAGCCAGUACGGCUAUCGGCUGCAGGCGUCCCUCUUCCCGAAUGGCAACGGCGCCGGCGAGGACAGCCAUCUAUCGGUCUACAUCAAAAUCCUGCCCGGCGAGUACGACGCGCUGUUGCGCUGGCCGUUCGCGCACUCCGUCUCGUUCACGCUGUUCGACCAGUGCGGCACCCCGGAGAAAGCUUGCAACAUUGUCGAGAGCUUCAUCCCGGACCCCACCUGGAAGAACUUCCAGCGGCCGAGCAAAGAGCCCGACUCGCUCGGCUUCGGCUUCCCCAAGUUCGUGUCGCACGACACCCUCAGGCGGCGCCACUUUCUGCGCGACGACGUCCUCUUCAUUCGCGUCAAAGUCGACCCCAGCAAGAUCGUGGCCGUUUGAGUGUGGGGGGGGCGCAGCCCCAUUUCUGAUCUCCAAAGGUUGUACAUAGAGGGCGCGGCGCGGCCCCGCCCCUGCCGGAUUUUGUGAUAGCACCAAAGGGCCCCGCCCCGGGGGGCCGUGCACGAUGAGCGAAUUGCCAAAUAAAUUUAUUUGUUUAUUAA